GUUGUGAAGAUGGCGGCAGUGGUGGAGGUGGAGGUUGGAGGAGGUGCUGCCGGGGAACGGGAGCUAGAUGAGGUUGAUAUGUCAGACCUCUCCCCAGAGGAGCAAUGGAGGGUUGAACACGCACGCAUGCAUGCCAAGCACCGCGGCCACGAAGCCAUGCACGCUGAAAUGGUCCUCAUCCUCAUCGCUACUUUGGUGGUGGCCCAGCUACUCCUGGUGCAGUGGAAACAGAGGCACCCCCGCUCCUACAAUAUGGUGACCCUCUUUCAGAUGUGGGUUGUUCCCCUCUAUUUCACAGUGAAGCUGCACUGGUGGAGGUUCCUAGUGAUCUGGAUCUUCUUCUCUGCUGUCACAGCUUUUGUCACCUUCCGAGCCACCCGAAAACCACUAGUACAGACAACCCCAAGGUUGGUUUAUAAGUGGUUCCUGUUGAUCUAUAAAAUCAGCUAUGCCACUGGCAUUGUUGGCUACAUGGCUGUCAUGUUUACCCUCUUUGGUCUCAAUUUAUUAUUCAAGAUCAAACCAGAAGAUGCCAUGGACUUUGGUAUUUCUCUCCUCUUCUAUGGCCUCUACUAUGGGGUUCUUGAGCGAGACUUUGCAGAAAUGUGUGCAGACUACAUGGCGUCUACCAUAGGGUUCUACAGCGAGUCGGGCAUGCCUACCAAACACCUCUCGGACAGUGUGUGUGCCGUGUGUGGGCAGCAGAUCUUUGUGGAUGUCAGUGAAGAGGGCAUCAUCGAGAACACAUAUAGGCUAUCUUGCAAUCACGUAUUCCACGAGUUCUGCAUCCGCGGCUGGUGCAUUGUGGGAAAGAAGCAGACGUGUCCCUACUGCAAAGAGAAGGUAGACCUCAAAAGGAUGUUCAGCAACCCCUGGGAGAGGCCUCAUGUCAUGUACGGGCAACUGCUGGAUUGGCUUCGAUACUUGGUAGCCUGGCAGCCUGUCAUCAUUGGCCUGGUACAAGGCAUCAACUACAUCCUGGGCCUGGAAUAGUCAGGAAGAAGAGCAUCCACCCACUAUGGACCUCAGGGCACUCUCCUGCCUGCCCUCCAAGACCUCCUGGGUGGGAAAGACUCAAAAGGGGCACUUGGGCCACUCAGGAACCUUCGGCUGUGCCCGGGCUGGGGAGGGAGUUGAUGGAGAGCCAGCCAGUGGGGCUGUCAGCAGUGGGAGCUUUUUAAAAGAAAACUAUUUUGAUGAAUAUAUUUAAAAACCUUUUUUAUUGUGGAGCAUAGGAAUUGCCCAACUCUUCCAGGCCUCACCCUCCUUGCCUGAGCAGGGCUGGAACAGAGCCACGACAUUUUUGGUUUAAAGGAGACUUCUCAUCUCUGGCUGAAAGCCUCAGCCCUUCCUGCACCCCCCCCCCCCCCGCCCUUUCUUCCGCCUGUCGCCUGUCGAGCUCCAGCCUGGUUCACUCAGUGUGGGAGAGCUCCCGGACCCGGCCUGGCGCCGCAGAUGCACAGUGAGGGCAAGGUGAAGUGUUAUCCCUCCUCCCCAUCUGGGCCCCAGGACCAGUGUUGUAUCUUACUGUCUUCCUUGUCCAAGACCUGUAGACUGAUUGAGGCAAGUGGAACCUUGUCCUGACUUUUCCAGGGAGGGAAGCCCUGGGACAUCAUGUUUCAAUGAGAAUUUGGGGGCAACCGAAACAGCAGCUUGGGUAACCUGCCCCUAGCCAAGAGCAGAGUCUAUGUGUAGUUGAGCCCUGGGGACUACUGUUGGUGGCAGUGAUUGGAGGCCUCUUGUGCAAGCAGACCGUCCAGCCCGGAAGCAGUGACAAGUGCCAAAGGACGCUCUCCCACAUCACUUCCUUCCCUUAAAGCCUGAGUGAGAGUGCGUGUGUGUUCAUCCGUGUGUGGCAGUGGGACUAUGACAGAUAUGACUCCUCCUUGUCGUCAGUGUUCCUUGAAGCUGCUAGGGAAUUCCCAGCCCAGGGAAUAUCCCUCAGUCAGCAUCCAUGUUCCUGGGUCCUGCCCAGACCUGGCAACAGGGAUGGUGGUGGGUGGAAAGAAAAGAGGGCAAGGCCCCAGGAAGUGUGGGUUUUAAAAAGAGGUUCCAGGUAGGCCCCAGCUCUGGCCCUCUGGGUUUUGAAGGAAGUGGGAGGACAAACAUGGACCUUCAGCACUGGGUUCCUGGGGAAUAUGGCCCAGCUGACCCUGCCCUUUCAAGUGUAGCAAGAGCCAAGCAGGAUCUUGUCACUCCAUUCUGAAUAAAGCUCUAUGAGCUGGGUUGGAAAGCUGGA